CAAAUAUUUUCACUGUGAUAUUUUGAAUCCUAACAUCUGUGAGCUUUGUCUCUUCACUGCAUGUUGUUUCCAGAUGUUCAUUCAGCAGCGUCUCUCACAGUGAGUCCUGACAGAGUGCAACACUUCACCUCUGACUCUGUCUCACUGACCUGUGAGGGAAACUUCACUGAGUGGAGAGUGAGGAAGUUCUCUGAGGACGGUCGACUCUCUGUCUGUAGGAGAAUGACUGGAUCCACAUGUAACAUCAAGACAUCAAAGUCAGAUACUGGAGUGUACUGGUGUGAGUCUGGAUCAGGAGAGUUCAGCAGUGCAGUCAACAUCACUGUACAGAAUGAUGGUAAUGGUCCUAUCCUGGUGAGUCCUGUUCAUCCUGUGACUGAGGGAGCUUCUGUUAGUCUGACCUGCAGUUUGAGAACACAAAAAAUACUUUCCAAUGUGUUUUUCUAUCACAAUGACAAACUUAUUCAAAAUGAUCCCCGAGGGGAGCUGAACAUCUCUGCAGUGUCAAAGUCUGAUGAAGGUUUCUACAAGUGUCAGUACUCAGGAAGAGAGUCAGCACAGAGCUGGAUGUCAGUUAAAGUAACUGGACGCAGUUCAUCUCCUGUGUGGUUGAUGGUUGGACUGGUUUGUGGAGUCUCUCUCAUUAUUAUUCUCCUGCUCUUGUUGUAUCGCUGCAGACAGUCCAAGUAUUCCUGCUUCACCAGGUCGAUCCAGUCUGAGAGUCACAGUCCGGGCUCCUCCACAAAUCAUGGAGUCAACCAGGAUGAAACUCAUGUGUACGACUCUCCUCAUCCUGGUACCAAUCACAUCUAUGACUCAGUUAUGCCGGUUGAAGACAACAGAAAUGGAUCAGAUGAGCAUCAAGAUGUCACAUACGCUCUUAUUGAACUUAAAAACUUUGGAAAGAAGCGGAAGCAUCAUAAACCAGAGCAGAGUGCUGUUUACUCUGAGGUGAAGACGGGAGCUGCAGAGGACAGUCUGAUGUAUGCUGAGGUCAAACGCCCCAAAAAAGAAAAAGCCAAGAAGAAAGCAGGAAAAUCAAGUCCUGCAGCUGAUGCAGCAGUUUAUUCUGAAGUCACAUUAGGAAGCUUUCCUGGUCAGUGAGGAGAGCUGCAGCAGCAAAGCCAAGAAGAAGCAUUUAAUGAAUCCACUGUUGCUCCUCUGCUGCCCAAAUAUCAGACACACUCACUUUUUAGUUUAAAUGAUAUUGAAUAAUAACCUAUAUAUAGUUGGUACUGUGUUUAGCAUAAAGCACACAGAUGUCCUGUUUCAGAUUCAUGCUCUUUAUAUUCAGCUGAUAUUUUUAUUCAUUGUUGAGCUUUUGUAUAAAACUUUGAAUGUAUCCUGUUCCACAGAGAAAAACGUCUGUGAUUUUUAGUAACUAAUAGCAGAAACUUAAAGUCAGAGUUACAUUAGGAAGUGCUGGUAUUGGUAAUGUGUAUAUGUCUGUAUGUGUAUAUACGUAGGUAUGGAUAGAGAGAGAUAGAGAUCUAUCUCUCUCUUUCUCUAUCUCUCUCUAAAUAAAUAAAUUAAAGAAAAAUACACAUAAAAUAUAAUGUAAUUGCAAGGAGGUAUUUCUGUAGUCUAUUCAAUACUACAUAGUGGAAAAGGGGUGGGAUUAAAUAAGCUUAUGCUUCUUCCUGCUCCUUUUUGAACAUGAAAGUUAUUUGUAGUUGUGGUUGCUCGUUUUGCUUUGUUUAUUUGUCUCUUUGAAUUCUAUGUUGUUGUACUUUAACAUGUUCAAAAUAAAGAUUCAAUCAAUCAAACACCAACAAAUAUUUUUGCUGUCUGAGUGUAAAGAUCUAUAUCAUGUAAAAAAUAAUUAUUUGGUAUAAAAACAUGAAAAAGC